AUGCCAUCAGACGACUACAAGUCGGCCGGCGGAGGCGGGGCCCUCAAGCUCAAGGGCGCCGGCGCCAAAGUCAAAAAGCACAAGAAGAAGAAGGACAGGGCCGAAGGCGGCGGCAGCGAUCUCGAAAAGGCGUUAUCCACCGGCGGCGCAGGGGCGUCUUCAUCAUCCAAGACCAGCAGCAAGGAUAAGCGGCGAGAGGAGGAGGGCGAGGAGGCUGAGGACGACGGCAGCGGCUCCGCUCAGCGACCCGUCGCCUUCAAGACCGAGGCCGAGAGGCGCUUCGAGGAAGCCAGGCGCAAGAAGGCCGGUGCCAGGCCGGAGCUUCUCAAGACGCACAAGCAGCGGGUCGAGGAGCUCAACACCUACCUGUCCAAGCUGAGCGAGCAUCACGACAUGCCCAAGAUUGGACCUGGCUAA